GUUUGUGGUUUAUUUUUUUAAAAAAAUUUCACAAGUGAAUUCCCCGAUAUGUCUCCUUGCUUUACUAACAAAAGUUGUCAAUGUAAUGAUUGUGAAUCACUCAAAAACUACUUGUUUUCAAGAUAUCUAUAAAAUCAUGAGUAAAGGGAACACUAUAUGUGGUUUAAAGAAAUGCUUUAUAAGUUUGCUUUCAGACUUGUUCUUGACAAGUACAAAACUAUUUUUUUUUAUAAAUAAUUGAAAUGAUGUUUUUCUAUGCAUUUGAAAUAUCAAGUAAGCUAUACUUGUUUUUAUGUUCUUCUCUAUCAAAAAGCUAUUUAUGUUUCACUGCUCUAAUCUUGUACAUGUCUAUCAAUAUUUCAUUGUUGACAACAUAAUGAUGCUAUAAAACGAGGCCCAUGUUAAGACAAAUAGACUGUUCAUUAUGGUCUAUCCUUUGCUUGCCUUUGUAUUCUAUCUUGCUUGGGCCCAAGCAAGACCGACCAAUUUUACACUUCAUAUCAAAUCAGCUCUUAUUAACCCAGACUGCUUUAAUCAGUCUUAUGCUGUCCUGAUUGUCAAUGAUCAAUUCCCUGCCCCUGCCUUACAUAUGGUCAAGAACGACAUCGUUCAUUUAACUGUCAGGAACGAUGUGGACAACAACGUUACAACCAGUAUUCAUCUACACGGUAUUCGACAACUUGAAAGUAACUGGGCAGAUGGUGUGGCUGGUAUUACUCAAUUGGCUAUUCUUCCUGGCCAAGAAUUCACAAAAGCCUUUCAGGUAGUUGAUCAGUCAGGUACAUUCUAUUAUCAUGCUCAUGUAGGCACUCAAGAUGAUACUGUCCAAGGUCCUUUGAUUGUCUAUGAAUCUGAAGAAGCACUAAAGCAACAUGUCUCGGAUGGCCCUUAUCCCUAUGACGGUGAGCAUAUCCUGAAAUGGAGUGAAUGGUGGCAUCAAUCCAUGUAUGAUAGAGAAGACUACUAUAUGAGUCCCACAUUUACAGCAGACGGUGGCCCUGAUAGUAUCUUUGAUGUUGAACCCAACAAGGUCUAUCGUCUUCGUCAUAUUGGUGCCUUGACAUUUAGAUUACUUGAUAUCACUAUUGCUGGUCAUGACAUGGAGCUUAUAGAAGUCGAUAAUGAGUAUACAGAACCUUAUCCUAUUAAGUCACUUGAAAUCACUGCUGGUCAGCGUAUGUCUACCUUGAUUCGAACAGGAAAUUAUAGUGCUGGCUCUCUUUUCCCUAUUCUUUCUCAAUAUAAAUAUCGUUUUGAUCCGCUGAAUCCUGGUUACACUCAAUCUGGCUAUGGCUACCUUCGCUAUGUGGAUCCUAAAGACAAAAAAGAUAUUUGUAUCAUGGAUAGACCUGAACCUUUAAUGCCCUACAAUGCUACAGAUGUUAUCCCUGGUUGGGUUUUGCCUCAAGUAAAGCCUUUUGUUUCCGGAGAUGCCAAGAUUCUAAACGCAACAGCAGACUAUACUAUUCAGCUGAAUAUGCAACAAGUCUUGUUACCAGACAAUACGACUCGAUUUAUUAAUAAUGGCCGCCCUUAUGUUCAUUUCCCUUGGGGAACAGCAAAUGCUUCUUUACUUGAUAUCAUAGAAGAUGAUCCAGAAAUAGGUGAAUUGGAAGCAUUCGAUGGCUUCUCUACCAGGCAUUACAUGUAUCCUGUCUUUCAAAACAAGGUUGUUGAUUUUGUCUUUCAAAACCAUUAUUCACCUCCACCUGCUCCACCUGGGCUUUGUAUCCUUCAUCCUUGGCAUAUCCAUGGCUUUUCUCAUUAUUUAUUGGCUGAAGGUGCUGGCGACUAUAAUCACGAGACUGAUAAAGAUCUAGUUACAUUUGAAGCACCUUUGCUUAAAGAUGUCAGUCUUGUUUAUCCCCGUGCCCUUAAUGGUUCCACAGGGUGUGGAUGGACAAGAGUCCGUAUUUUUACAGAUAAUCCUGGUGUCUGGGCUGUUCAUUGCCAUAUCACUGCACAUAUGCUUCAAGGCAAAAUGACAGUUUUACGAGUUCAUAAGUGACUUGAUUAUUUUUUUUUAUAAUUUCUUUUUCUUUUUCUCUUUUAUAUCAUGUCUCAAGUCUUACC